GGUUGUACCAACAUUCCAACACAAAAAUAAAAAGAAAGAAAAGUCAUUUAUAUUUUUACUACUUCAUUUUAACAUAAAAAAUGGUCUUGCUGGACAAUUCUUCGUUUAUUUUGAAACUUGAAAAAUUCGCAGUCGCUGCUAAAAAUGAUUCUUCUUUUACGGUAACUUUCAAGCGAUUUGAUGGUCAUAAUAAACCAGUACCUCGGGAAGGAAAACCUCCACUGCCACAACCUGAAAAGUAUCAGUGCCUGAUCAGAGCUCAAACAAAGUCCAAAAAGCUGUCCACCGUCGUUAAACAGGAAGAUGUUCCUAAAAUGAUGACAAUGUAUGCCCAAUUUAUGCGAAGCAACAUGGACGGUCUCAAGCGAGUGAAAAAAAUCAAAAGCAAAGCGAAGGCAGCUAAAGGAUAAAAUUACUCUAGAUGCAAAAGUAUAUUUUUAAAAAUAUAUAUAAACAAGGAAAAAAGCAUGAAAGUAAUGGAUAUUUUCAGGUUUUUUUUAUGUUUUUAAUUAAGUCAUUUUUUUUUUAUUUGAAUUUUUAAUAAUUUAAUAAGAAACAAAACAAAAACAAGAAAAAGUAACAUUGCAAUUGAAACAAACGAGAAAAGUAACCGAUUAAAGUGCAUUUUAAGAAUUUUAUAGUUA